ACGCCGACAAAGGGAGGAGUCGCUGGCUUUUGAAGGCUGGGCUAGAGAAGAGGCGGCGGGGAGGGAGAACGAAGAGUUUUGCAAAUUAGACCUGCUGGGAAAAGAGCCUCGUUUCAGGACGGAAACUUUAAAAAGAACUGCGAGAGGCGGUAAAACGGUAGUUUUUGCCCGUUCUCCGAAGUAGUCCGAGGGCUCUUUUCUAGGGUAGGCAGGCAUUACUUCGACCUACACAAGGCCAGAGGCAGAGGAGCUGUGAUCUCCACGAUAUCAGCUUCUGUGAAGUGGAUAUGGCUGACAACUACACUGAUGGUUUGGAUCCAGAUAAACUAAUGCAAUGCCCAUAUGACAAGAAUCACCAAAUAAGAGCAUGUAGGUUCCCUUACCACCUUGUCAAAUGCCGCAAGAACCACCCUGAUAUUGUGCAGCAGCUGGUGACAUGCCCCUUUAACGCCCGUCACCAGGUCCCCAAAACAGAGAUCAGCCAACACAUAUCCAGCUGUGACGACAAAAGAUUCAUUGAGCAAGACAUUGGGAGUCAGUUGGGCCACUACAGAAAAGAACCCAAUGUGGUGAGCAUGUGGCAGUCUCCUCCAUGUGAAGAAGACUGGGACAAAGAUUUAGGAGACGAAUCAAAGCCUGUCUUCAUCUGGGGCGUAAGCCACUGCGAGACAAACAGUUUUGGAUCAAACGCAACCAUGGAACCGAAGAACCAUCUGCCUUCAGGUCUGCGAGUCCCUAGGUCAUUGCCACCUGUGCUACCAUGGAAGAGCAAUCCAGGUGCAGGAAACUGAAGGCCACAGACAAGAACUGUCUGCUCCAGUGCCACUAUCAAAAGCUCAUUAUACACCCUUUGAAGGAUUAGAGAGCCAGCGAAGAGACUCCAGACUAAACUGUGCUCCUGUUUGGGUUGGCUGGCGUAAACAACCUCUGAAAGCUUAGAAUUCUCAAUUUAGGAUUUAAUUUAGCAUUAACAUAGUUAACGAGUGUGUUACUGAAGGAGCGUUGUGCACUAGGAAUUUCUUCUUUUAAAAGCCUGUUGAAUCAAAAGAGGCCUUAACAGAUGAAGAGCAGGGGGAAUUCUGCCUUCUGUGAAAAUUGUUACUGUUUGAGACCAGGAUCCAGAAGGCAUCCUUUAUGGGGAGGGGCAAUUGGCUUCUUUGCAGAUGGAGAACAGGUGCUGGAGCUGUGAGUUGCAUUUAAAAUAGUUGUGGCUUUUUCCCCCUGGUUUUAUGUUGUUCAAGAUUUGCCUACUACAGGAAUGGCCAGGCCAGCUCAAAGCAGGCAGCUUCUUUCACAGUGGUAGCGGCAAACAGCACACAGGAGCCUUCAGGAGCACAUCAACAGCCUUUUGACCUCACUUGGCUUGCUGUCUCCAUCGGCAAACCCUGUUCCUUUUCCUCCCCUAGCUGCAUCACUGCAGAACAGCAGGCAUGACCCUCGCACCUAGAUUCAAGAGGCUGCCCCCCUCCAAACCCUGCCUUUCUUAUUUUCGUUGCCAAUUCACACUGUCAGUCCAUAAUAUAGAUUGGAAGGGAGACUGAAGAAAACCCUUUAAAGGGCUAAAAGGGAAGCACUGUCUUGGAAGGGUCGCUUAACUCUGCCGCCCCUCCAGGAGUGGUGAUAGAGGGGAGCAGGGCUUUUUUUGUGGCAGGAACUCUUUUGCAUAUUAGGCCACACAUCGCUAAUGUGGCCAACCCUCUAAGAGCUUACAGGGCUACAUUGGCUACAUCAGGGGUGCAUGGCCUAGUAGGCAAAGGAGUUCUUGAUACAAAAAAAAAGCCCUGGAGGAGAGCUUAUUCAUGGACACAGACUAGGGCUGCUAAGCCCCCUGUCUGGGCGGGGGUUCCCCUACCCAGGAGCUUCCCAACCCACAGGCCCACUCUGGGCCGGAGGGGGGAACCUCCCCCUACGUUGCCAGCACGAUGAUGUCACCCAGAAGUGACGCUAUCGCACAAGCGACAUCACGCAGCAGCCACUCUAGGUGUUUCCCAGAAAACUCUAUGGUUUUCUCAGAAACACCUAGAGCGGCUGCUCGCGACAUCCCCCACUCCAGAACACCGGGGACUUGGCAACCCUAACAUAGACACAUGCUCACACACACCACUCCGCAGAUUCCCCUUUAAACUGGAGAAAAACAGGCUGGGGGGGGGGUGUUUCUGGAUUAAAGGGGAGAGUCGUAGGAAUAUCAUGCGCCAUGUUGAGAAUGAAAAUGACGUGGAUAUUUUCGCCCCUUGAGUCCUGAUGGCUUCUUGUUUUCCAAGCAGGGAAAAUUCAGUGUGUGGAAGUAACCAUAGAUGAGGGUCAUCCAUGUCUAACUAAGCCUUUAGUCCCUAUUGUGCUGCUAUCCUUUAAGCAGCACUCUUAACUGAAGAAUCUUGAUUGUGAGUGCAGUCUGAGAGAGCCUAUCUCUGUGCUUGAAAUGGGGUCUUGAGCAGGCUGAAGCAUGACUGGAGGUACUAUUGAGGCUGCUCUAUCUAUCCCCAACGGCGUCUUUGAUUCCAGCAGCUGGAGAAGAGGGUUAGAAAUCCUGUACAGCUGGCGAUGUCCGUGCCAACAAAAAAUAGCAUUUUCCUCUUACUAAUCUGGCCUCAACUGCUUCAUUAGGGCCGAGGGUGAAAGCCUCUUUUGGCAUAGCAAGGAGGGACUGGAAGCACUUCACUGCUGGUUUUGAAGAAGUGGUUUCAGUUUUCCAGGGCAAGCCCAUGUGGGAAAUUGGUAUAAGCUACCAAGACAAGCUGACCAGGCAUCCAUGUUCACAGACUCCAGAUAACACCAGGUAUCAGAGGUGAGGUGAGCAGCCCAGAUGUCUUCAGUCCAUUUCCUGUUAUCCAUAAAGAGUUAACAGGAACCAGUCUUCUGCUGUUUGCUGUCAGAGUUCACUCAUCUUUCCCCUUUCAUUAGCACCUAGCAGAUGUUAGAUGGAUAACCAUAAAGCUAAAGCGCUGGGUUUGGAUUUGGUUUUUUGAGAUGUUGCAGUGCUAAAUGCCCAGCCGUGCUUUCGAUCCUCCAGUAUGUCUGACAAGCUGAUAGUUCCUUUAACCUAGGAAAGUUAUGGGAUCUGUUACGUCUGUGGAAGGGGAGUCUUUCAGUAAUGAUGGGGUGGGAGGUGGUUGCUUUUGAAAAAAUUUAACCUCUACCUCAGAUGGUUUGGUGGCCUCUAAAUGCUUCCCUUGAGCACUUUCUUUUUUAGCAAGCUGUUUUCUGUUGGCAUGAGAAUUCCAGACACUGAAGUGGUUCCAUUGAUUUCCAAUGAACAAUUAAAUUUGUCCUCUUUUCUGGACUCUGUUUCUAUCAAAACUCACCUUUAACUUCAGUUUAAAGCAGAGUUAUUAAUUUAGUUGGUAACCUGAGUUGUGUUGCUGAGUAUUGUUCAAAAAGAGCAAUUUACAAUUAACACUUCCUUAUUCUUCCGCCCAUUCCUCGCUGAUGGUUAUCUUAGAUGCAAGUCCAUACUUUUCUGUCUGUUGGCGCAGAUGUUCUUGCAAGGUUACCUAGAAUCCCUAGGGCAUUUAUUUCCUGCAGAAGGGAAAAGAAACUCAGAGAACAGCUGCAUGUUUUAGUUCAGCUCCAUGUAGUUACUGUGACUGUUUGAAGUAAAAAUUUUAGAUUUUGUUGACUAGA